CGACAACGCUUCAGUCUUCAAAUUCGAAUAUUAGGAAAGACCGAUUAAAGAGGCAAUCAUGGAUGUUGACCUUAUAGAUGCGCCUAGCCGCAGUGAGCAACACUUCAAUGGCGCUGUGCCGAUCAAAAGAGCGAGAUUGGACCUGACGACGACCACCGCACCGGAUGCUGCCCUGAUUCGACAGAGAAGAGAGGCUGAAAAGGCGUACGGCAGAGGGCGAAAGAUUCCAUUGAAAGGCAUUAAAGACAGGAAAUUACGCGGGAACCUCAAAGCUCUAGAAAGCAAAUACAAAACCGCUGUUUUGCGAGCCAAGGAUGCAGAGAUUUUGCAUGAGAAUACGGAGGGUUUCCUCGAACCAGAAACAGAGCUGGAACGGACCUACAAAGUACGACAAGAUGAGAUUGAAGCAGAUGUCCCCAUCGAGACCGCGAAGAAGAGAUUCGAGCUGAAGCUGGAUACCUUGGGACCUUAUGUGUGUGACUAUACUCGGAAUGGACGAGAUUUGCUUCUCGCAGGCCGAAAAGGGCACAUUGCGACAAUGGACUGGCGAGAGGGGAAGCUGGGUUGCGAAUUACAGCUUGGAGAGACUGUUCGAGAUGCUCGAUGGCUGCAUAACAACCAGAUGUUUGUGGUGGCACAGAAAAAAUACGUCUACAUAUACGAUCGAGCAGGUGUGGAGAUACAUUGUUUGAAGAAACACAUCGAAGUCACGAACAUGGAAUUUCUCCCAUAUCACUACCUCUUAGCUACAGUGGGUAAUGCAGGAUUCCUGAAGUACCAAGAUACAUCUACAGGUCAAAUGGUCAUCGAGAUACCCACUAAGCUCGGCUCUCCUACAUCUCUUACUCAGAAUCCACGCAAUGCUGUCCUUCAUAUGGGUCACCAGAACGGCACAGUCACUCUAUGGUCGCCCAACUCGACAACACCAUUGGUCAAAUUACUGGCACAUCGAGGUCCUGUCAGAGCACUGGGUGUUGACCGAGAAGGAAGAUAUAUGGUCUCCACGGGUCAAGAUCUCAAGAUGUCAAUAUGGGACAUCAGAAUGUUCAAGGAAGUGAACAGCUACUUCACAAGACAACCUGCGACGUCAGUUGCGAUAUCAGACCGAGGAUUGACUGCCGUAGGAUGGGGAACUCAGACUUCGAUAUGGAGAGGCCUGUUCUCGAAAUCAUCCCUGGAGCAAGAGAAGCUUCAAAGUCCCUAUAUGGCGUGGGGAGGCGAGGGUAGGCGGAUAGAAAGGGUCAAAUGGUGUCCAUUUGAGGAUCUAUUGGGUGUCUCGCAUGAUGCUGGAUUCUCGUCCAUCAUCGUACCAGGAGCUGGAGAACCCAACUUUGAUGCUCAGGAAGUCAACCCCUACGAGACUACCAAGCAGCGACAGGAGACUGAGGUCCGGACACUAUUGAAUAAGCUUCAACCAGAGAUGAUCUCUCUCAAUCCUGACUAUAUCGGCAACCUGGAUUUGAGGUCGGAGGAACAGCGAAAGGCGGAGAAAGAUCUGGACAAGAAACCAGUGGAUCCAAUUGCGGAUAUCAAGAAUCGUGGCAGAGGCAAGAACAGCUCUCUGAGGAAGUAUCUCAGAAAGAAGGGCUCCAAGAACAUCAUUGAUGAGAAGAGACUGAGGAUUGAGGAGUUGCGGAAGAGUCAACAGGAAAGGAAGCAGGAACGCUUGAAGGAGUCGGAACAAGAGCUUGGUCCUGCUCUUAGUCGGUUCGCUAGGAAGUGAGUUUGAGAACCAUACCUAGGUAAUGUAGCUUGAUACCC